CAUGACAGGGAAGGAGGGAGUUGUUCUCUCAGACACUGAGAAUAAACUGAAAUCCGCCUCACACACCACCGUGAACCACGGGGGACCCCAGCAGCCGCCUCCAGGCUGGAAGAUGGCCCCCGUGGUGCACCGGCGCACCGGCUUUGGGAUCCAGGAGCUGCUCGGCCUCAACAAGGAGCCGCCGGCGGUCCCGAGGCGGCCGCUGGAGGCUCUGCCGCACAGCGCGCACGUCCUGGCCACCAGGUCGGCCCUCGGACACGGGGGGCUCGGGGUCGGGAUGGGUUUGCUGGGACCGGAGGGAAUACAUUCGUUUUACAGCCAGCCUGCGUUUCUGGAGGUGCUGGCAGAGGCGCAAAAUGUGCACCUGCAGCCGCUGCACAGGGCGGCGCAAAUGGACGCGCAGAUGGAUGCGCAGCACUCCGCCAGCUCCGAUUCUGACGACAUGAGUCUGUCCUCCGGUGAUCAGAAGUUUUCUAAAUCAUCAUUGAGUCAGAGCAAGAAACGAAAGAAAAGACGACACAGAACCAUUUUCACGUCCUAUCAGCUGGAGGAGCUGGAGAAGGCUUUUAAUGAAGCUCACUAUCCAGACGUAUACGCCCGGGAAAUGCUCUCCAUGAAGACUGAGCUGCCAGAGGACAGAAUACAGGUGUGGUUUCAGAACCGCAGGGCCAAGUGGAGGAAGAGAGAGAAGUGUUGGGGUCGCAGCAGCGUGAUGGCAGAGUACGGCCUGUACGGAGCCAUGGUCCGUCACUCCAUCCCACUGCCCGAGUCCAUCCUCAAGUCAGCCAAGGAGGGCGUCACAGAUUCCUACGCUCCGUGGUUACUAGGUAUGCACAAGAAGUCAGUUGAAACCACACAAACCUCUCCUGGAAAACCCUGCAGCCUGACACCACCACCACCACCACCACCACCACCAAUAACAACAAUACAGGAGAAACCAGCGGUCAAAAUGAUGGAGGAAGAGACGGAGAAACAGAUGAAAGACACUGCUAACGCACCCAUUUCUAAAGAGGAACUGAGGGAGAACAGUAUAGCUGCACUGCGAGCGAAAGCGCAGGAGCACAGCGCCAAGGUGCUCGGGACAGUUUCUGACAGAACAAAUGGCCACAUAACACAUAAAGAGGAAGCUGAGGACAAGGUGACGGAGCAGGAGACGGCAGAGGUGGAGAAAAGUGACUGAAAAAAAAGUUGCUGGAUAAAGACUGAUGGUGAAAAUACCUGCAGAGAGAUAGAGGUCCUGUUUCACUGGUGGAGUUGAACCUCGGUGCUUCAGACUGUUCAAACCUGCAGAUCAAAUGUUAUAAUCAGAGAUAAAUAAAUUAGAAAUUAUUUGAGUUCACUUGUCGGAUAACUUCUUCUCUGAUUGAGGUUUUUUUUUUUUUAACCCAACCAAUAACAUAAUUUUUUCCUCUGCUGAAUCACACAAAUGUUCUCCUCACAUUUACCGCAGACCUUUUGAUCUGCAGCUGCAGUAAAAAAUAUAUUUAUUUUCUUUAAAAUAAAUUGUAAA